AUGCGGGAGACAUUGUACGUUGUCCCGGACCUUGGGGCACAAGACUGGCUAUCUAUAUCUUCUGGAUCUUCACUAAAACAUCGGGCCCAUAUUUACAGCUUCGCAAUCACAACCCCCCUCCUCACACCCCUCAACCUCACCCUCGUGGUCCUGAUCCUUACACUCGCCUACCUCCGCCUGCGCCCUUCCUCCCCCGCGUCCCUGCCCCCCGGUCCCCAACCCAUCGUUUUCAAGACCUUCACCCCGCGGACCCUCCUCAAAUACAACGGCGAAUCCGGCUCCCCCGUCUACCUAGCCGUGCGCGGCAAAGUCUACGAUGUCUCCUCAGGCCGCAACUUUUACGGCCCCGGCGGUCCGUAUGAGAACUUUGCCGGAAGGGACGCAACGAGGGGUUUGGCGUGUCAGAGCUUCGAUGAGGAGAUGCUCACAAAGGACCUCGACGGGCCGUUGGAUUCGUGCGACGACUUGACGCCCGAGCAGGUGGAGAACUUGAAUGGGUGGAUUGAAAGGUUUGAUGAGAAGUAUCUGGUGGUGGGCAAAUUGAUGCCUUUUCGGAAGACCGAGUUCCAUUAG